AUGACGCCCGGAUCGACAACCGAUGAACCCAGCAAGCACCAUGACCUGGGGAGCAAACUGAAGCUUCCCUUCCGUGAACUCAAGGAGAAACUCAAUCAUAGCAACCACUUGACCAAUGCGAAGAUCCACUUGGUUCACCAGAAACACAAGAUCGGCAAGUUUGCCAACCUGUUCAACCCCGAACAUCGCCAUGACGAGGAGCACGAGAAGGCCUGUGACGAAAAACGGACCAAGAUCGGCGAGUCACAUCGCUUUGAUUCCUACUUCCCUGAGCGGGAUGGGAACAUGGUGAAGUGGUAUGUGGACGGGAGGGACUACUUCUGGGCGGUAUCGGCUGCCCUCGAAAACGCCAAAGAAUCAAUCUACAUUGCUGACUGGUGGCUGUCGCCCGAACUGUUCCUCCGCCGCCCUCCCUAUUUCAACCAGGAAUGGCGACUCGACCAGGUCCUCAAACGCCGGGCAGAGGCCGGCGUGAAGAUCUACAUCGUCAUCUACCGUGAAGUAGAGGCCGCCCUCACUUGCAACUCGGAGCACACGAAGCAUGCCCUCCAAGCCUUGUGUCCGGAAGGCUCACCCGGGUUUGGUAACAUCAAGGUCAUGCGCCACCCGGAUCACAACGUGUUUGAGAACGCCGCCGAUAUGACCUUCUACUGGGCCCAUCACGAGAAGUUCAUCGUCAUCGACUACGAGAUGGCAUUCAUUGGCGGGCUGGACCUCUGCUUCGGACGGUGGGACGACCACCAGCAUGCCCUGUCCGACAUGCACCCCGAGGGUGUGACCAACGAGGUGUGGCCGGGCCAAGACUUCAACAAUAACCGGAUAAUGGACUUCCAGAACGUCCAGGAUUGGAAGGAAAACGAGCUGAGCAAAGAAGACUCGGGCCGCAUGCCCUGGCACGAUGUAGCCAUGGGCGUGGUCGGCCCCUGUGUCUACGACAUCGCCGAACACUUUGUGCUUCGGUGGAAUUUCGUCAAGCGCGAUAAAUACAAACGCGAUAAGCGAUUCGAGUGGCUCGAGCUGAGGGGGCGUCAGGGAGACGAUGAGGACCUAAUCGGCGUUCAGCGCCCAACUCACCCGGUCGGUGGAUACCAGCUACAUCCGCUGUCUCCUCUCGAGACUAAGCCUCUCGAGAACCGCGGGACUGUCCACGCCCAGGUCGUCCGCUCCAGUGCCGACUGGUCUAGUGGCAUUCUCACCGACCACUCGAUCCAGAACGCCUACAGCGACAUCAUCCGCAAGGCGGAGCACUACGUCUACAUCGAGAACCAGUUCUUCAUCACGGCCACCGGGGACCAGCAGGUACCCAUCAGAAACACCAUCGGCAGCGCCAUGGUGGAUGCCGUGCUGAGGGCCGCCAAGGAAGGCCGCAAGUUCCGCAUCAUAAUUCUCAUUCCCGCCGUCCCAGGAUUUGCCGGCGACCUCCGGGAUGACGCGGCCAUCGGUACACGAGCGAUCAUGGACUACCAGUACAAGUCGAUAUGCAGGGGCGAGCAUAGCAUCUUUGGAAGGAUUGAAAAAGAGGGCGUCGAUCCGACCAAGUACGUCUUUUUCUUCAACCUUCGAAGCUACGACCGCCUCAACAGGACAUCGGCAGUCCAGAAGCAGGAGGAAGAGUCAGGGGUCAAGUACCGCGACGUCCAGCGCGCCCAAGCCGAAGAAGUGAUGGGUGAGGGGAUCCACGGGACCAUCGAUGCCCAUGGCGGCCGCGAUUCGCACAUGGGCAAGAGGCGCGAACAGGGGAAGCAGCGCGGGGCCGCCGACGGCGAGCUCAAGGACAACCUCGACGAAGAGCACCAGCCGGACGACGCAACCCGGGACAUGGACGCUAGGCGCAAGUUUGAAGCGGCCGCUACUAACGGGGACAAGUCGCAAAACAACCGGGACGCGACCGUAGCGAACCACGCCAUGGCGGACCAAGGGCCGCUAUCCGAGGUUCCCUGGGACGGCGAGGAGGAAGAUGAAGUCAACCACUGGAUUCAGGAGGAGCUGUACAUCCACGCCAAGCUGCUCAUCGUCGACGACCGCAUCGUCGUCUGCGGGUCCAGCAACCUCAACGACCGCAGCCAGCUGGGCUACCACGACAGCGAGCUGAGCAUCGUCAUGGAGGACACGCGCCGCUUCGAGACCACCAUGGACGGGCAGCCGUUCGAGGCGGGGUGGCACGCGGCCACGCUGCGCCGUUAUCUCUGGCGCGAACACCUCGGCCUGCUCCCGCCGCAGGACCUUGAUGCCGACGGCGACCCGAACGCCCAGCCGCCCGGCGACGACUCGCCGAAUGAUGUCCGGGACCGCGACGACUCGUGGAGGUUCGUCGAGGACCCGUUGAGUGAUGAGCUCUGGGACAUGUGGACCGCGAGGGCGACGAAGAAUACCGAGGUGUUUAGGCAGCUGUUCCACGCCGACCCGGACGAUCAUGUCAAAACGUUUGACGACUACAACGGCUUCAUGCCGGCCAAGGGCGUCAAGGCGGGCCACAUCUUUGACCGCAUGAUCCCGCCGCACGAGGUGAGACAAAAGCUGGAGAAGAUCAAGGGACACCUUGUCUGGAUGCCGUUGCAGUUCCUCAGGGAUGCCGAGAUGGCGGAGAAGGGGCUGCAGGUUAACCAGUGGACCGAGAGCGUCUACACCUAG